GUAUUUCAGAGCGUUUAAACAAAUGUGCUCUUUAGUGAUACGUAUUCGUGAUAUUUUUCGCAUUUCCAGCCACCUAAUUGAACUUUUUCAAAUAAUAACAUUAUUAUGAGUGAUAAACACAUAAUAUCGACAACUAAAGGUGAAAAUAACCAAGUUAAAUGUUCAGAUUGCAGCGUUUAUUACAAAAGAAAAUCUUCAUUGAAGUCUCAUAUGCGAAUUGCCCAUAAUAAACAAGCGGAUGAUGCGCUAUCAGUGGUUCAUAUUUUAGAGGAAGAUAUUGAACAAAAAGACGAGGAGGUUAUUGAGCACAUUCCCCAUGCCGAAAGGCCUUUUAUCUGCAAAAUUUGUUCGAAAACUUUCAAAGACUUAACAAACGCAAAAACUCAUCAAUUAUCUCAUUCUGAUUAUAGACCAUUCGUCUGUGAAGAAAAAACUUGUAAAGCUGAAUUUAAAACAAAAGGAGCCCUCGUUAGGCAUUGGCGUCGACAUACUGGAGCGAAACCCUACGUUUGCGACAAGUGCUCUAUGACAUUUCGUGAAUCUGGUGCUUUGGCGCGCCAUAGACGAUCAAAAACACCAUGUUAUAAAAAAAUUCGAAAAGGAAUUAUUAAUGAAGAAUGUGUUGUAGUUAUUAAUGAAUCUGACUUGAAAGGAUCAAGCGAAAAAAUUGUUGAUUCUCCAACAGAUGGCGUAACAAUUUCCACGGAAGAUUCUGACGUUACAGUAGUGACUUAUGAGGUGGACAGCUUAAAAGAGGAAAAUUCUAAAGUCGUUACAGGCGAUUUACAUAAAGAUGAUAUAGAUUCGGCCUUGAAUCAAAACUGUAAAGUCUGCGGGGAAAAUUUGUCUCAAAUUGACGAUCCAUGUACUCAUUUAAAAACUCAUUUACUUCGAAUACCUUUCCAAUGUCCAAAUUGCUCCUAUUCGGCUAAAGAAGAGGAGGAUAUUCGUAAUCAUUUACAUCUUACUCAUUCCAUAGAUACUGGCGAAUGUAAAAAUAUAGAAAAUCUUCUAAAAUCAAAGAGUUGUGGGAUAGGAGUUGAUUUACCAAAUGAUGAAAACUCCUCCGAAUAUGAUUCGAUUGUUUCCAACGCGUCCAAAAGUCUCAUUCAACUCUUGGCCUAUAAAACGUCCACGUGGGCUGGUUGCAAGAUAGACGAGUAUUCUAAAUAUUUGAAGAACUUUCUCUUGGGUUUAAUGAACUGUCCUGUCUGUGACAAGCCUUUCAAACAAAAUGCUUAUUUAAAGGUUCAUCUCAGAACGCAUACAGGUGAGAGACCAGUAGAGUGCAAGGAAUGCGGUAAGAGCUUUGCUUCAAAAGACACUUUAGCGAAACACGCCUAUGUUCACAGUAAACAUAGACGAUUUCGGUGUGGUGUCUGCGGAAAACAGUUCAAACGUUAUGCUCACGUUGUAUCGCAUCUUAAAACUCAUACUGACGAGAAACUAAUCUUUUGUAAGGUCUGCCGAAAAUGUUUUCGGACGACGAGUGCAUUAAAAGUUCACCUGAGAACCCAUACCGACUCAUACGCCUACAAUUGCCCAUAUGAAAAUUGCUCUCAUAAAAGUCGAGAAAAGGGUGCUAUGCUUCGACAUAUAAGAACGCAUACGAAGGAGAGACCGUAUUCAUGUUCAAAAUGUGGAAAGACGUUUGCUGAACAAACAUCUCUCUCAAGACAUUUAAAAUCUAAAGGUGCUUGUAGUCAAAUUCAAAAACUAAUUAUCGAAUGUACGGAGAUGGAAGCUGACGGACAGGAAAUAAUGGAAACUUGUGCUGAAGAGGAAAUUAGUUACGUCUAUAUCCCAGUAAGUAUAAUUAAGGAAACGAUAAAAAAUUAA